GAGGGAAAAACCCGUAUUACGAAGUGAACGAUUCAGUUGAUUGUUUUUGAUCAUUUUAAAGUUAGUGUAUGAUAACUUGGAUAAAACGAACAUGGCAACUAUAGAAAUCAAGCUGAACAGACCAAACAAAGUUUAUCACGAAGGGGAGACGGUUACUGGAGCUAUUAUUGUUGAAUCCAAGACCUCACUUGCUUACCAAUCUGUGAGUCUUAUUGCUGAGGGUGUCGCAGCUUUAACGUUGAGCGCGAAAAGUGUUGGGAGGUUAGAGUCGAUGUACAACAGCGUGAAACCAAUAUCAUUGUUUGGACAUUCUAUUGAACUUGCAAGACAGGGAAAAAUACCAGCGGGCACGAAAAGCUUUCCUUUUGAAAUUCCAUUAAAACCCCAUGGAAGCAUUAAAUGGUUGCUGGAAACUUAUAGGGGAGUUUACAUCUCUGUGCAGUACAACAUCAAGUGCCUGUUGAAACGACCAUUGCUAAACAAGGAUCUCACAAAAGAAACUGAGAUUUAUAUUGAGUAUAAAAGUGGGGAUAGAGCAAAUAACAAACCUAUAAAGUUUAACAUUAAUCCAAACUCUAUAAAGAAUGCAAAUUCACAAGCUGAGAUCCCAAGAUUCUCGGUCCGUGGUCGAUUGGAUUCUAGUGUUUGUUGCCUCACCAAACCAAUGACAGGGGAACUUGUCGUCGAAGCUUCGGAAAACCCGAUCCGUUCAAUCGAGUUGCAACUAAUGAGAGUGGAAACUGUGGGAAGUCCAGAUGGUUUUGCUAAAGAAGCCACUGAGAUCCAGAACAUAGAGAUUGGUUGUGGUGAUGUAUGCAGAGGACUGAGCAUCCCUAUCUUCAUGAUCUUCCCCAGGAUGUUUGCUUGCCCUACAGUUGACACACCUAACUUUAAGAUUGAGUUCGAACUUAACAUUGUCAUUGUGUUCGAAGACGACAGAAUGAUUAGCGAAAACUUCCCAAUUAAACUCACCAGAUUUUAAUGCUUGUGUUGUAACUUGUGAUUAUAGGCAUCAAACCUGGGGUGGCAGGGUGGACAGGCUAACCCUGGAAUUUUCUGCACUGCAUUAACCAGUAAACAUUACAACCAAUAAGUUAGAUUUGUUUCACAUGAUUGUGUCUAAGUAUCCCUGCCUCCCCUGUGUUUAUAAACUUUGGUGCCUGUGCUUGCAACUCCCUAUUAAUGUGCAAUACACUUCUGCUGAUUUACAUUGAUUUUUCAAACCUUAUGGUGGCCAAGCAAUGUCAGAUUGGUCAAUUUUGAGUGGCAUACUGGUAAAUAAAUUUUUCAGCAAUUGAAAUUAAUUCAACCAAAAACACAUCAAUGCUGGACUUUAACUUGGUGUAAUACAACAUCCAGGUUUUGCUAAAAUACAAGAAUUUCAAUUUUUGGGUCAUUUUUUAUAAUUAUUUUCGCAUGUAUCUACAUUAAAUAUAAUUUGCAAAUAAACUAAGAAAACACAAAUUCAUAUUAAACAUCUCUCUAACUUGGCAACAAAACCAUAGUGUGUAUUAUCCAUAAUAAAUAGUAAGGAAACACAUAUGCUGGAAUACAUACGAGCUUAUCUUUAGUAAAACCAGGGU